AUGGCUGCUAACCUGCUGUUCACUGGCGUAGCGAUAACUAACGCUACACAUGGACCAAAUGUCGCUGCCAAAUAUAAGGCACACUGAAGUUUCGUCUAUGUAACGUUGUAAAUGUCUUGAACAUGGCAAAGGUUCUUCGGACAGCAGCUUUAGUUUCGUACCUGUGGAGUUUUUUCAUGCAGUUCAGUCGCGUGUCAGGUCUUGGGAUCAAUGAACUGUUGUAUUUCCGGGUCAUCAGUCCAGAGGAGAUAGGGUAUAUCUUCAGUGCAGCACCUGCUAGAGACUUUGGAGGAGAUUUUACAUCAUCUUAUGAUGAGAUUUUCCUGGUGCCAGCAGACCCAUUAGAUGGCUGCUCAGACCUGAAGGACAGAGAAAUCAUUCAGGGACAAGUAAUCCUGGUGGAAAGGGGAGGGUGUUCCUUUGUACAAAAGGCGCGGCAUGUGGAGGAAGCAGGGGGCAAAGCUGUUCUUAUUGCUGAUAAUGCAGUGGACAAUGACAGUCAGUACCUUGAUAUGAUCACUGAUGGAACCACUGUCAAACCAAGCAUACCUGCUCUGUUUCUGCUGGGACGUGAUGGGAUGAUGAUCAGACGAUCUCUUGAGAGACAAGCACUGCCGUGGGCUGUCAUUUCCAUUCCCGUCAAUGUUUCCUCUCUGGCCUCAUUCCCACUCAAGCAACCACCAUGGACACUGUGGUAGAAAUGACUCACACUCACAACUUCAUCCACCCCCUCAAUCAGUCAACAUUUUUCCAUUGGUGCAUAUCAUGUCAGCAGUGAAUAACCUGACAGCCUUGCAGGGAAAGACUUUGGUGGUGGUAAACGAAUUCACACGCACUAGUGCUGAACCAAUAAAUUUACAUAUGGACACAUGACUAGAUCAGGUACACACACAGCUGAAGCCAUGUGGAGAAAACCUAUUGGUAAACCUCUUUGUUGGAUAUGCUAUACCAGGUAAAGACAGAAGAACUUAUGCUCAGAAUAAUUAGUCAGUGGUCAUGUGAGUGUCUUCCAGCAGAGCAGUCUCCAGGAACUUGUGUUCAGAUGAUCUGUUGGUCACCAGUGAGUGGUGAAACUGGAAAAUCCAAUAUGCAUUAAUACAACACAUACAAAUUGAAGUGCACUGUUUCUUCUGCCUUGUCUAAUAGUUCAAGCGAUUGUGCAGGCCAUUUGGGAACAAAGAACAGGUCAUGAAAGCAUAUGUUAUACUUCACCACAACCGCUUACGGGGAAUGUCGUCUCACUGUAAUAAUGUAAAUAACUUCCUGUUUAUCUGCAUGAACUAUAGCACUCCGGUCAGAAGUGAACAUUCUUUUUCUUAUGGCAAAUAAAUAUAAAAUGAAACUUUUUGCAUAACAGGCUAUCAUUUAUUGCCUUUCGGAGAUACACAUCUGUAAAACUUUAAAGGCCAUACACAUGUGCCUGAAGCCCAAUCACCCAGACUACUGUGGCAGUAAAAACCAAUUGCCCUUUAUUACUUUGUAUUUACAAUAUUUAUUGACAUUUUCAUUACUCUUUAUCCAGACCAAUGUGUGUACAGCAGUUUAGAUAAACAAGAUUGACACAAUGAUUACAAAGUAAUGAUAAUGAAAAGUGACUUUUAUUAGGGAUAUAUAAAUACCCAGUGUAUUACCAAACGCACAGAUAUUGCUGUUCUUUGUGUAAUCAGCAGAAAGAAAUUCAACUAUACCACUUUGAUGUUGUCCUUUUCCCUUAGGAAUCCCUUUCACUUUUUACCCUAUUAAACCCCCAAUCAAGCUGUGAGUAAAGAAGGAGAAAAGUUUAUUCAUUGCACCAAAAUGUUUGUUGUUAUUACUUGUCAACAGAGAUAAUGAGAGCAAUGAUCAGUUUAGUUUCUGUUUAAAUAGACUAAUGUGUGCACCUUACUUUGUAUUUCACUACGCCACCCAAAAGUCACUCGCAUUACCUUACCUCUUUGAUUUGUGGAGAAUUACAUUAAGUGACAGGAAAAACACAUUUA